AUGGAAGGAUUAGACGGAAUACAGCACGUCAGCAAAAACAAUCUUUAUAAUCAAACGAUCUUAUCAUAUCUAUCAGUAGAACGAUCACUUCACUCAAGGCUCUACAUACUAUUUCCUGUUGAAGAGUAUUACACCGAAGACGCAACGAUGUUACAUUUACUAGUCAUCCUUACGGCUAUCAGUUUUACACUAACAGCCUCACAAACGAACGAUCAGUCAACUCCAACAUAUACAAUUGUACCUGGUGAAUUCACAUGGUUUGAGGCAAAAAAAGAAUGUGAAAAGAUAGGUGGCUUUCUGGCGGAACCCCGCACUCCGGAAGAAAAUGUCAAAGUAGAGGAGCUAUGUGCAUCACAUACAUAUUGGAUUGGUAUUACCGAUUUGACCACUGAAGGAAUAUUCACUUACGCCAGGGAUGAUUCCAUAAUUGUAUACAGUAACUGGUCUCCCCAUGAGCCAAACAACUUGGGAGACGAACACUGUACAGAGUUGUACGUCGAUGGUACAUGGAAUGAUCUGAACUGUGAAGACAACCACAUGGGUGCAAUCUGCCAAUUCGCGAGUGGUUGUCACGGUGAUCCACAUUUGAGAACAUUUGAUGGUCGUGCAUAUACCUUCCAAGGCACAUGCUGGUACACACUGUUCAAGGACUGCACCGAGUACUCCCGUUUUGAAGUCACAACUAAGUUCGAGCCAAGAGAAGAUAGUACUCCAGACCAAGUCAGAACGAGAAUUGUCGCUUUCAAAGUUACUGUUGGAGAUGAAUACUCUAUCAUUGAUGGACUGGACAUUACUACAGGACGUACUGGUGGACAGAAGACUGACGCAAGAGUUAUAACUAUCCAGGAAAAAGAUAAGAAGAUUAAACUGAACUUCACUUCGAAAAACACGACAUUUACAAUGGAGUGGACUCUGAGAAAACAUGCAUUAAGUGUUAAUUACGAUGGCUCUUUUUAUCACGGAAAACUAUGCGGUCUGAUGGGCAAUGCUGAUGGUAUUGCUGUCAAUGACUUCCAAAAACUAGAUGGCAGUGUUGCAAAAGAUGCUGACGAGUUUGGAGAAAGCUGGAAAGUAUACGGAACAAAAUGCGACUAGGAAUAUCCUUAUGACCAAAAAGAUGAACGGAACAACUUAUCAAUAAUUUCAGCUACUCUGAUGAACGUUUGGGUAGAGUUUGCGUCUAGAUUUAACUUAGAAAAAGUUUGAGGUCUCUUCUAAUCGAAUAUUACGAUUUGAACUAAAUGGUUUUGGUGUACUUAAUUACUAUAUUCCGUGAUUCUAUUUAAACUGUACUGUGCAUUAGUGCUCUAGGUCAAGGGAAUAGUUCAAUAAAAUGACUACAAAAUGGGAAUAA